AUGGAAGCUCGUCCAUUUAUAGCAGUUUUGGGGUGUUUUCUGAUGUAUGUUGGUCUUGGUACACUACAUCUGUUUGGAAAUAUCACCCCUUAUUUAACGUCUUACCUCAGAAAAAGAGUUGAUAAUAACACAACAUAUGAAGAAACAACUUGGAUUAUCUACACAACUGAAUUUAUAAUGUCAUUCAUAUUCAUUGGAGUUUGGCUAGCUGAACGGAUUGGACAAAAGUCUACUAUCAUGAUUGGUACUGUUGUUUUCAGUUUUGGAAUAGCUGGAACUUAUUGGACUAUACAACAGAGCCUGGAAGCUACGCUUGCUACCCUUGGUGUAGUUUCUAAUCUUGGUUUUAUCUGUUGUUUUGGCUUACCAAUACCUGUAGCCAUGGAAUGGUUUCCCAAAAACAGGGGUCUUCUGGCAGGAAUAGUAUCUUCAGGGGCUGCCUUAACUCCAGUUCUAAUGAAUAACUUACAUACAUACUUUAUGAACCCUAAUAACCUUCAACCAGACGCUAAUGGGUAUUUUUACGACUCUGGAAUUUUGGAUCGUGUCCCUACACUGUUUCUCAUAAUGGGAGCUGCACAAGGUGGCAUUUUACUUAUUGGACUACUUCUGUACAAGAAACCUCCAUCAGAGAUACCUAUGUUCCCCUAUCCAGGAGAAUAA